UCUUGUCCAGUGAACAACCAGAUUCAAAGUUUUAUAAAAUUCCCACCAUGAAGACCAUCAUUUGCAUCGUCGCUCUGGCCGUCAUCGGUCAUGCUUCCGCUCUGCCAGUAGGGCUCAGUCCACUAACUGCUUCGGGUACCAUCGUUCGAUCGGACUUGGGACUUCCUUCGUUGAUUCGAUCGGAUCUAGGAAUCUCAACUGGCUUGCCAUUGGCCACUAUCCCGGCUUCAACCAUCAAUCUGGCUUCGGGACUGCCAGCGGCCGUUUCAAUCCGAUCUGCUGCUGCCCCCAUCGCGCUCUCCGGACUCUCCACAAUCCCUCUGGGUGCUCAAACACCAAUUUUGACCGGAAGUCCAAUCAUUUCCACCAAUAGUGGCAUCCUUCGUACGGUCCCACUCGGUGGUUCCGUGAUUUCUCACGGAUCGAUCAAUUUGGCCCCAGCCACCCAGAUUUGGUAAAUUUUAAUUGUAUUGCAAAAUGGA